CAUCCUACGCACUUCCCGCGUGUCAUUAGUCGCGAUCACGAACCAUCACGAACUUUUAUUGACAAUUCGUUUGAUUAGUCAGUGAUCACGAUUCUCAGCUGAUUUUAGCAAACAUCCGAUUCGAUCGAUACUCCACCAAUAGUUCGCUCAUUAUCAUUCCUUCGUCGUCGUAGUCGUCGUCGUUUCUUGGUUUUAGGAUUAGUCGGCGAGUCUUAACGCGUCUAACCUCAAAGUGACGUUUGAUUAUGGCCCUGUUGUGAAUGUGGGACUGUUUCUCGUUUCUCGUGUCGUCGCAAACACGUGAGAAAUUGCUUCCGCCGAGGGAGCAUUCGAAAACGUUUCCCACGAAAACAGAUAUUUCAAGGUGGAGAGAAGAGAGAGAGAGAAAAAAAAAGGAGAUAUUCUCAAGAAAUCUUUCCCAAUAAUGGUCGGCUAAGGCGUGUAUGCACCACUAAUAAUGGUUGCAUGGAAUAAGAGCCAUACGCAGUUUUAAGAUCAGUCCAGCUACAGUUUUUAUAAUGUGUUUUAUAUCUUGUGGAAAUGCGCUCUUCCCAAUAUCUGCAAAAUAGAUCUGGCAAUUGUAUAAUGAACGAUUCAAGAGAAGUCUUAACAAAAUAUUGAAAUUGAUCGAUUAAAAAUGGGACAGUAUUGUUUAAACUACCAAAUCCUAUUGUGGCUUAUCUUUUUGAUUCUAUGUGCUACAUACAGCAGUGCGGAUAUUUUAGUAUUUAACGCAGUUGCAAGGCAUCAAAUUGAAGAGGAAUUUCGUGACAUGCCUGCCAAAUUUGGAGGCAUAAUACCACCCGAAGGGAUUAAGGGUGUGGUAGUCUAUUCUGAUCCCCCCACUGCAUGUCAGAAGAUACAGGCUCCACCGAAUAAUACUGAUUACACUGGUAAUUGGAUAGCUUUAAUACGACGUUACAACUGUAGUUUUGAAAUAAAAGUUAGAAUGGCGCAAGAAGCUGGAUAUGAUGCUGCUAUUGUACAUAAUAUAAACAGCAAUGAAUUAGAACCAAUGUCAGCAAAGGAUCCUGUAGGAAUUUUGAUACCGGCUGUAUUUGUCAGCGAUAUUACUGGAAUGGUUAUCAAAGAAAAUUAUUUAUAUGACCAGCUGUUCUUUAUAUUGAUUAAUGAUGAUCUGCCGUUCAACAUCAAUACUCACUUGCUUCUACCCUUUGCUAUUGUUGUUGGAAUAUGUUUUUUAAUCAUAUGUAUUUUUAUGAUUAUCAGAUGUAUAAAAGACAGAAGGCGACAACGAAGGCACAGACUACCCAGUUCUAGUUUAAAAAAGAUUCCUACACACAAAUACACAAAGGGUGAUCCAUAUGAGACAUGCGCCAUUUGUUUGGAUGAUUAUGUAGAGGGAGAGAAAUUACGAGUUUUACCAUGUGCGCACGCUUAUCAUUCAAAAUGUAUUGACCCGUGGUUGACAAAAAAUCGAAGAGUUUGUCCCGUCUGCAAGAGGAAAGUUUUUGCGUCGGAUGAACAAAUCGUGACCGAUGAGAGCGAUUCGGAUGCUGAUGAUACAACGCCUCUCAUUCGCGAUGGUCAUCAAGGUACGCAAGGUGGCACAUUUGCCCACCAAAGGGAGAAUCCUUUCAACAGAGCUAGGAGAUCGCAGGCGAGACAGGAUACUAGUAAUUCCAGUGAUAAUAGCUCCGACUCUGAGCAUUCUUCUGUUACUACUGAAGACGGUGUUAGUACUAGCGCUGGUGAACCAUCCAAUGUCAAUGUUUUUAUGGUAUCCGAUACCCAUAGCAUAAACGGCGAACCGCAAGAUUUAGAAGGCUCAGCCAACAGUGAAAAGUCACACGUGGUAAAUUCACACGCGAACGCUCAAGAAUUCCCAGCACCUGUUCAAAUCGCAUCGACACGACGUGGAAGGGCCGCGUUGAAUUCCGGGAUAUCAAAUUCUGAUUAUUAUGUGGAAAUCUCGGAUAAUACAUCGGGAACGGCCAACAGUUCCAACAGAAAUGAUGUUGUUACGUAAUGGCUUGACAUAGCUGUGACUACAAUUAUAUGUGUUACGAGACGUUCCGUUGCGUCUCAUAGAAGGAUUCUUCCUUUUUUUCACGGGAAAGACAGUGGUACAAUGGUGCACGGCGUUAGUAGAGGCGACGUAAGACAAUGAAGACGAAUAAUCCGAAAAUAGCGUUUUUAAUACACACGAAACUAUUCACUUCUCUUAAAUAAUACGAUAUUACGACUUUGCUUUAUGCCAAAUAUUCUUUUGCAUUGUCUUUUGCACUAAUAUGUCAAGUACGGUACGGUAUAUAUAUUGUGUAUAUUUGGCGAAUUACGUAAUAUUACACUACCGAUUUCUUCUUUGACGAAUACCAUGUGGAGUGACUAUUAUGUAUUACAGAUUGAUGAACAUCUGAUAUUUUUUAAUUCGAUUUUCAUAGGAAAUAAAAAAAAGUAAUAUAUAAUUCAACCAAUAUGUAAAUAAUAAUUAUGUGAUUUGUUAUUUUUAUUCAAAUGAUGGUGUUAUGUAUUACGUUAUUCCCUGAAUAUUUUCAAAUUUUACAAUUAGUCGGAGCUAUAUUGCCAGUAAAUAAAUAGAUAUAUACAUAUAGGUAAGACUGUAAACUCUAGUUCACCGUUUAAUGAAACAUUAUUUUAUGUACUAACUUAGGAACUAUAUACGGCCUACUUGAUCUUGUUCCACAGAAUUUUUAAUUCAAUUGCUUAUUUUUCGUUGUUUAAUUAUUAAAACAAAAAUUUGUAUCAUAUAACGUAUGUUAACAGUAAAAAGUAUCGAUUAAUUUUGCAGCGAUUACGUUAACAGUAAGUAACGAAUGCUGGUGAUUGGCUACAAAUUGACUAACAUGGCUGUUUUGUCGACAUUAAAUUUGUAAAUAUUUAUUUGUCAAUACAUACGGAAUAAGAAAGCAUCCGCGGGCACACUGUUCUUUAAGAGUUCUUUAAGAUUCAGUUGCCGGAUGUAGAUCGCGUUUCAGAAAAAGCAGGAAGAGAUGAAGUAGAUAUGGGUGUGUAAUAAACCGUUGUAUUUAAUUAAC